AUGCCAGACCAAAUUCAGUAUCGAUGGCUUCCCGGUCCUGUUGGCGAUAUGCUUCGGUCUUCUUCCCUCGCCACCACUGCAACAAUUCCCCUCCAGGGGCAUCUCGUCAUCACCACAGGUCAUAUUGGAGUUGACCUCAAAACCGGCGAACUCGUUAAGAGCAACAUCAGAGACGAAUUCAAUGCGGUCAUCGACUGUCUCGACGCAGCGCUGCGCGAUGCCGGGGUUGAGAAAGGCGUGGGCAGUGCGCACAAGUUCGUUGCCUACUUCGUUCGCGCGGAGGAUGAGGUCACCAUGUUGGAAAUCUUUCGAGAAAGAUAUCCUGGUCACUCGCCUACAUGGACUUCGGUGGUUGUGGCAGGCUUGGUUGUUCCCGAGAUGCAUGUAGAGCUUCAGGCAGAAGCUAUUCGACACAACUAG